AUGAAGACUGCUGCUACUCUCCUCGCGGCCCUUGGCGUUGCCUCGUGUGCCGCCGCCGAUGAUGUCUUAUACAGCAAGCGUCACCUCUCCAAGCGCUUCAUUGACAGCGAUGGCCACUACAACAUGACCUUUAUCCACGUCAAUGAUAUCCACGCACAUCUGGACGAGUUUGCCAAGUCCGGCUCAGACUGCACAGACCCCUCCAAGGGCUGCUUCGGUGGCUAUGCGCGCAUCAAGACCAAGGUCGAGGAGCUUCGCGAGACGUUUCCCGACCACCUGCUCCUCAACGCCGGUGACGAGUUUCAGGGCACCCUGUUCUUUUCGUACUAUGGUGGUGAGAAGAUUGCCGAGACAGUCAACAAUCUCAAGUUUGACGUCAUGACCCUGGGCAACCACGAAUGGGAUCAUGGUGACGAGGAGCUUGGUGCGUUUCUCACGAACCUGACUUUCCCCGUCGUCUCUUGCAAUGUCAAGUCCGACUAUGAGGCUCUCAACAAAACGGUCAAGAACUACCACAUCUUUGACCAGCACAAGCUGGCCGUCAUCGGCGCCACCACGGAGACGACCAAGGGUAUUUCCAACGUCGGCAGCGGAACCAACUUUCUCGAUGUCACGACCGAGGUCCAAAAGGCCAUCUGGGAGAUUCGCAACACGACCGACAUCCGCCGCAUUGUCGCCCUCACUCACAUUGGCUACGAGGAGGACCAGAAACUGGCCGAGAAUACCGAAGGCCUUUCCCUCAUUGUUGGCGGCCACAGCCACACCCUGAUUGGUGACAUGCCCAACGCCGCUGGAAAGUACCCUACCAUUAUCAAGGACAAGUCUGGCAAGGAGGUCUUUGUCGUCACCUCGUACCGAUGGGGCGAGUAUCUCGGCUCCAUUGAUCUGACCUUUGACAAGGAGGGCCGCGCUCUCUCGUACCACGGUGCGCCCAUCCACAUGACCAACACGACGAAGCUCGAAACGUCGCUUCAGGACAAGAUCCUGGCUUGGCGCAAGCCCUUUGAGGAGUUUGGCAGCGAGGUCAUUGGAACGACCAAGAACGAGCUCGACCAGACCACCUGCCAAAAGGGCGACUGCCUCCUCGGCCAGGUCAUGGUCGACGCCAUGCUCGACUACCGCCGCAACAUUUCCAAGAAUGCUGGCGACGAGCUUGCCGACUUUGCCUUUAUGAACGCUGGCGGUGUCCGGGCCACCAUUGACGCCGGCAACAUCACGCGCGGCGAGGUCAUCACCUCAUUUCCCUUUGGCAACGCCGUUGUCCAGCUCCCCUACUCGGGCAAGGACCUGCGCAAGAUUAUCGAGGGCUGGGUCUCGCGCGAGAACCAGUUCAGCAAGAAGAAGACGUCGUCUUGGUUCCAAAUCUCCAAGGACAUCAAGAUUGAGUACAACCCGGACAACGCGGCCGGCAGCAAGCUGAUUAGCGUGACCGUGGGCGGGAAGCCGCUGGACGAGAGCCGUGAGGAGUACCGGGUCGUGACGCUCGACUUCAUCGCGCGUGGCGGUGACAAUCUCCUCGAGCCCACGACGGGCUUUGCCGCCCUUGAUGCCGAUUCGGAUGUAUUCGAGGCUUACGUCAAGGCGAAUACGCCCCUGACAAACGCUCUCGAGAAGCGCGUGGUCACGACGGAUAAGAAGGCCCCGAAUGCAACUUCGACUCCCGGAGGCAACAAUGCCACGAGCACAACCAGCUCCGGCAGCGGCAGCUCCAGCACUGGUGGCGCCGCGAACCCCAACGGCGCUGCUGCGGGUCUUGCGAUGUCGACUGGCCUUGCCUUUGUCGUGGCUGUUGUCAUGGCUUUGGCGAUUUAG